AUGUCGCUGAUCAUUCCAGAAAAGUUCCAACACAUUCAUCGUGUGAUGAACACCAACAUCGACGGAAACCGCAAGGUUCCAUAUGCCCUUACCGCCAUCAAGGGAGUUGGACGUCGUUUCGCCUUCGUCUGCUGCCGCAAGGCUGACGUUGAUGUCAACAAGAGAGCCGGAGAACUCUCGGAAGAGGACUUCGACAAGAUUGUCACCAUCAUGCAAAACCCAUCCCAAUACAAGAUUCCAAACUGGUUCCUUAACAGACAAAAGGACAUCAAGGAUGGAAAGACCGGACAAUUGCUCUCAACCGCCGUUGACAACAAGCUCCGUGAGGACCUCGAGCGCAUGAAGAAGAUCCGCCUUCACCGUGGACUCAGACACUAUUGGGGACUCCGUGUCAGAGGACAGCACACCAAGACCACCGGACGCAAGGGACGCACCGUCGGAGUGUCCAAGAAGAAGGGAGGAUAA